GUCACUGUGGUUCUGCAGGGGCCAGAACCGACGCUGACGCCGCCGCCGCCGCCACAUUGGUGCAAAAGGAACUGAGUGCUGCUGCUGCUGCGUGCAAUAGCGAGAUGGCUUCAGCAACAGACUCCCGCUAUGGGCAGAAGGAAUCCUCCGACCAGAACUUUGAUUAUAUGUUCAAGAUCCUGAUCAUCGGCAACAGCAGCGUGGGGAAAACGUCCUUCCUGUUCCGGUACGCAGACGACUCCUUCACGCCCGCUUUUGUCAGCACCGUUGGCAUCGACUUCAAGGUGAAGACCAUCUACCGCAACGACAAGAGGAUCAAGCUGCAGAUCUGGGACACAGCAGGGCAGGAGCGGUACCGCACCAUCACCACUGCCUACUACCGGGGCGCCAUGGGCUUUAUCCUUAUGUAUGACAUCACCAAUGAGGAGUCCUUUAACGCUGUGCAGGACUGGUCAACCCAGAUCAAGACAUACUCAUGGGACAAUGCUCAGGUGCUGCUGGUGGGCAACAAGUGUGACAUGGAGGACGAGCGAGUGGUCUCCUCAGAACGGGGCCGGCAGCUGGCUGAGCACCUUGGCUUUGAGUUUUUCGAGGCCAGCGCCAAGGAUAACAUCAACGUGAAGCAGACCUUUGAGCGGCUCGUGGACAUCAUCUGUGAGAAGAUGUCAGAGUCCCUGGACACGGCCGACCCGGCAGUGACUGGAGCCAAGCAGGGGCCACAGCUCACGGAUCAGCAGGCCCCCCCGCACCAGGACUGUGCUUGCUAAGGGCUCAGGCUCUGCCCUCACUCUCCCCCACUCCCCGCCCCCCCCCU